AUGGCUUUGGUGGAAGAGCUUCUCCUGCAACCUACCAGCACUGGCAUAUUGCUUGGACUUGUGAUGAUGUUUCUGCUGAUUGUUUAUCUUUUGUCUUCUGAUGCCAGCUCUCAGGAAGAAAACAAAGAGCCUCCAGGUCCUAAGCCACUACCUAUCCUAGGAAACAUGCUGCAGCUGAACCUCAAGAGACCCUACAUGACUCUAUGUGAAAUGUCAAAGAAAUAUGGAUCAGUAUUCACUGUGUAUUUUGGGCCUAAGAAAGUUGUUGUCUUGGCUGGAUAUCAAACCGUCAAACAAGCACUUGUAAAUAAUGCUGAGGAAUUCGGAAACAGGGAUAUCAGUCCCAUUUUCUUUGACAUCAGCAAAGGACAUGGAAUUCUGUUUAGCAAUGGUGAAAACUGGAAAGAAAUGAGAAGAUUUUCCCUCACCACCCUUCGAGACUUUGGGAUGGGCAAAAGAGGAAGUGAAGAGAAAAUCAUAGAAGAAACACACUAUUUGAGAGAAGUGUUGGAAGAAUUUCAAGGGAGACCUUUUGAUACUUCACAGCCAUUAAAUUAUGCCACCUCAAAUGUCAUCUCAGCCAUUGUGUAUGGAAGCAGGUUUCAAUACAGUGACCUUCAAUUCAAAGAAAUGGUUAACCGGGCUAAUGAGACCAUCAAGCUUAGUGGCUCACCUUCUAUACAGAUUUAUAAUAUGUUUCCGUGGCUUGGAUGCUGGUUAAAGGACUGGAAGCUCAUAAUGAAAAAGCGCAAGCAAAAUUUAAAGCAAAUAAAGGAGCUUGUGAAAAAUUUGGAGGAGACACUAAAUCUUGAGGAAACCAGAGGCUUGGUUGACUCUUUUCUUAUACGCAAAAAGAAUGCAGAGAAAGCUGGAGAUAAAGACACAUAUUUUCAUGAAGACAAUCUCAUUAUAACCAUUUCCAACCUGUUUGCUGCUGGAACUGACACCACUAGCACAACACUACGCUGGUGCCUUCUGUUAAUGGCCAAGUAUCCUCAGAUUCAGGACCAUGUCCAGGAGGAGAUCGAUAGAGUCAUUGGAGAUCGUCAGCCAGUUGUGGAGGACAGAAAGAAUUUGCCUUACACAGAUGCAGUGAUCCAUGAAACUCAGCGACUAGCUAACAUAGUGCCCAUGAGUCUCCCACAUGCCACUACUUGUGAUGUUAAAUUCCAGGGCUUCUUCAUCAAGAAGGGUACCUGUGUGCUUCCUCUUCUGACAUCUGUGUUGAAAGAUGAUACUCAAUGGGAGAGCCCACAGACCUUUAACCCAGCACAUUUCCUAGAUGAGCAAGGCCAAUUUGUUAAGAAUGAUGCCUUCAUGCCUUUUUCUGCAGGGCGCAGGGUGUGUUUGGGAGAGAGUCUGGCCAGGAUGGAACUCUUUCUCUUCUUCACCUCCUUACUGCAGCACUUCCAAAUAGCUUCAGUAGAAGACUGA